AAUGCUUUAUGAAUAGCACGUUGAGAGCUUUCUAUCUUGUUCAGUCACCUUCUUCUUGGUGGUUUGCACAAAGCUUAGCAGUGCUUGUCACCCCUUUGCAGGCUAAAAAACUUAUUUGCAUCAUCAGGAAAAUUGCAGCAAACUUCUCUAGCCCUUGGCAGGCUAUUUCAAAACCUGGGGGUAAGACACAAGCUCUGUAGAUCUGGGCCCUAUGGGUGGGGUUGGAGGUCCCAUCUGCACUCGCUUCUUGUGAAACACGAACCUUUGUUGUGCUGCUUCUUACUGGCCAGAGAUGUAGGAGCAGAAAUACCAGAACGAAGAGCGAUAUUGGUCACUUUGUCAGAGCUGAAGAAAUGAUGCUGGGGAGCAUGUCAUGCCCAGUGUGCAGAAGGAAGGUGGGUGCCUGUGAUGAGCACGGCUGCAGAGUGCCUUACGGCCUGGCACUGCAAAGGGAGAAAUCAGUGCUUUCAAUUCAAAGCAGAGGUGCAGAAAUAUAAGGACAUGAAAGGCUUUUUCUUGAUGUGCUCAGAUGCAAAACCACAAGAAGUCUUCCAGUAAGAAAGAAAUGGGCUGUCUGCAUGACUCAGGGAGAACACUGACUGCUACAUCUCUGUCACAAGGGGAGAAAGAUGUAGUGCUGAUCAUGUUUGAGGAACUAUGGUUCUUCAUGUUUGGUUUAGUGAAGUAGUCAACUUUUAUCCUGUACAAUUGCAGCUUUGGGAAGUCUUGCAUGUCCGGUUAAAAAAAAUUGUCAUAUCAGUAAUUUUAGCUUCUUGCAGGGCGUGGUCCCACAAAUCCAGCUUCUUGCAAAGCCUUUGAAUAGGAGGUAGGCUACUGGAACAAGCUUCUGCCUCUGUUAUUUUCUUCAGCAACAUGACAGCUGCUGGUAAUUCUUAGCCCAGAGCCUCAGAAGAGUUUUCUGCACCAGUUUUGCCACAUUCAGCUUUUUCCUGCAGGCUGGCCAUGCUUAACAUAGUUCUACUGCAAAUUUUACUGUUGCAAGUUUUAUGGCAGCAAUAAGCAUAGCUCAGCUGAAAUCACAUUCCUCAGAUCAUCCAACUGUGGAUAUGCCUCCACCCAAAGAGUGAAACAAAACCUGCACUGUUUUCAUCAGUUUACUGACUUCAGAAAAUGGAGAUCAUCACUGGAUUUCAUUGGCCUGCACAGAAAGGAAGAGCUGCCCACCACCACCAGGCUGUAGCACUUCCACAGAACAGUCUGACUCAGCUGCAGCGUAACCAGGAUGGGUACCUGCAGUGAUGGGACACGGCUGUGGCAAGAUGAGAAACUGCCCUUCUCUUCCAGCUCCAAGAGAAAAUGGCCCCCAUAUUUCACACACAUCUGCCUUUGGCUUAGAAAUGCCAUUUGGUGUUUCUUUCAGCCCUUAGACCUCCCAUACUGAUGUGAUUGACUUCCCUGUGAGAGAAGUCUUCCAGGGGGCUCUGCUGUUUCUCUCCCUCCAUCAGUCUUUUCUUUCCUACCAAGAAGUCUGUGCGGACGGAAAUCUUCACCACUGACACAAUAAUGAGGAGUGGCAGGGGAAAUGAAAUUGUUUCUUGGAAGUACUUCAGUGCGUUGUGUUGAAUGAUGCAGCUGUUAAAAUUAUAUACUAACUGGAUGUUAAAAAUAUGACUAUUGAAAAAAUAUUAAGCAGUAGCUUUAAUGAAUAAUUGCCUGUUACAUAAUUCACUUGGUAGACUUGCUUUCAUAUAUAUUUAUUGUCUUCUGUAACUCCUCCUUUUUAUUAAUAUUUAUAUACUACACACAUAAUAAUUCUGUACAUAACACCUAUGAUAACAUUUGGAUCUACUUUUAAAGGCAUCCUUAGAUUGUGCCCAGAACACCUCCUAGAUCCAAGUCCCACUGCCAGCAGCCACAAGUCACUUCCCCAGAAAGCACUGCAUGUGCUUCCAGAGCACAAAACAUGACAAACAUGAUGGCUUUGGCUCAUGAGCCAGAUGACAGCAGCAGAAAAGUGCACCAAGAUAAUCUGUGAUGCUCUGAAAAUGAGAGCAGCAGGCAGCGAUUGUCUGUUCACCUCUGGAUGGUAAAAUCUUCUGUAGCAUUAACUGUGGAUGACUCCAGGUUGCUGACCUUCACCAUGCACCUUCUUUUGCUGCCCUAGCAAGUAUAUCUGCAGCUGCAUCACAACAGGGCACAGUUUCUGGGCAGGUAGAGAAAAAUGCAGCUUUUGUGGGGAAAUUCCUUUCAUAGUAAAGAGCAGGAUGUUGGUUUUUCGAUACUUCUCUGUGGAAAUAGGAAAAAAGUACAAUUUUUUGUGGUCUAGAAGGCUCAGUUGGGCAAAGGAACUAGAGCUGUUCCUUUUCCUCACUCAGGCCGCAGACUGACCUGCACGUAAUGUGCUGCUGAAGUCAGUGCAUGCGUGUGGUGGAAGAGCGGAGUAUCAUCAGCAAAGAAGGCACCAAGGAAACAAACGGAGCCUCAGAACAUUGAUCUCUGCCUCUUGCUCCUGCACAGUGUUCAGUGAGUAGGUGCAGGCACACCUCCCACCUGAAGGCUACUGUGCUUUUCCAUUUCUGGAUGCCCAGUUUUGAACCCUUGCAUGUGAUGGAAAGAGAUGCUGAGCCAUAUCAUCACACACAAGUCAGAGGUAGCUGAAUUCUUGCUUUUCAAGCAUUCUCAAGUUGGCUUUCCCUCAUUACUGAGUACUUGGUUAUGUGGCCAUCAUAAAGCUCGUUAUGAAGUGAAUGCAUACAUGGAAUAACUGAAAGAACAAAAAGGAAAAAAGAAAUAAAUAUUCACAGAACCGUGAAGAAAACAAAAGAGUAUUAGUCAGAAAAAGGCAAGAAAAUGGCAAGAGAAGGGGGUGGCGACCGGGGAUUUGAAAUAGAAAGAGACAGAUCCUGGCAGUCUUUGGUCAUCCUUCACCUCGGUGAAUGGACUCGUGAUAUUUCAAAAAGAAGGAAGGAAAAAGGACAGCAGCACAGCCUGGAUCCUAGAUGACACUGGACAGAAGAAAGGGAAGUGUUCUUGACUUGUCUUCUGGUCCAAGAAGUGUGGCGGUCUCUCACCAAGUGCAGAAGUAGGAGAGCAGACCCGCAGUUCUGCGAGAAUGGGAGGAGUGGUGCAGCUGGUGGCGGUGGCGAUGGCUUUUGUUGGCUGCAGGGCCCUGCUGGAUCUGUCUGGUGCCGCUCAGGUCAACGGGGAAUGGAUGGGAUCCACCACUUUACCAUGUACCUAUACGCCCUCAGAAGGUUUCACACAGCAGACACUCACUUGGAGCAUGGAGCGAGACCUUAGCACCUCCACCAUCUUUCGGAGGGAUGAUUCUGGUGACCACAUCCUGCUGUCUCGGUUCCGAGACCGAGUCAGUGUCCCAAGGCAUAGCCCAGGGGAUGCCUCACUCCAAAUCACAGACCUUGAAAUUCCUGACAGCGGACACUACUCCUGUCAAAUCACCUGGAGGUCUGAAAACUACAGCUUGAUAACAAAGGAGGUGAUCACUACAGUUAAAGUCAUCAAAGUGGCUGUGACCAAGCCUACCAUUGUGCCCGGAGCGCUGGGGCUGGCAGUGCCGGCAGGAGCCAAGGCCAGCCUGACCUGUGUGGCCCAUGGGUCCCCCCCCAUCAGCUACCGCUGGUUCCGGGCUGUACCGGGCAGGACAGGACAGCUCCUGGGCAGCGAGGCCGAGCUGGUGUGGAGCAGCUUGCAGCCCUCCGACGCUGGUACAUACUACUGUGAGGCACAGAACAGGGUCGGCUCAGGGACGGUGCAGCGCAGCGAUCCUGUUGAGCUGACAGUGAGAGAUCUGUCCGUCACGACGGAGGCACAGCGUCCAGCCACAGAUCUGCCUGUAGCAGCAGUGACUUCUGAGAAUGCUGUGGGAUACCCAGAAAAGGAUGAAACAACUCAGAGUUCCCAGAGGACUCACCUGUACCUGGUCAUCCUGAUUGCUGUGUUGGGUGGUGCUGUGGUUUUCCUUGUCAUUUUCGCUAUUGCUUGUGCUAGAAAGCCCAAAAAUGAAUCCAUUUAUGAAGUUGCUUUCCACAGCACUGCAGAUGUUGUUAGACUGGACACUGAUGUGGCAGUCCCUGCUAAGUGCAGAAAAGAGAAGAUACAUUCUGACACUGAAGAAACCUAUGAAACUGUUACCAUGGCAUGCAACAACUAUGAGAGCAUAGCAGGCAACAGCUAUGAGAGCACAUGCUUGAGUAAAAAUGCUGAGAGUGAGACGCUUGUGAAUGCAAUGGAAUCAGAAUAUGAAGUACAAAACUUUCAGUAGAGUACCAGCAUUUCCACAUGAGCAGCUGUGUAGAAGAUGGUGCUACAGAUACUGAGCGGUAAACUUUACCAAGGGAAACUUCUUCCUGUCUGCCUUCUCCUCUGAUAAAUGUACCAGUUUUACUGCUUUCUUUAACCCAGGGGAACUGCAUAACCGUCUUAGGAUUUGGCAAAUGAGUCCUUGCCCAUUGGUGCAGAAACCUUCAGCCACGUGGCUGUCUAUUCAUUUUUAAAUAGCAAAUAAUUUCUGAGCAGCCUGAAGGAGUGAAGUGAAAAAGAAAGGAUCUGAAGGAGUGGAAACAGAAAUGCCCUUUGCCUCCAGGUCAAGGUGUAGGUGGGUGCAACACUGCUAGCCAGUAAUGCCAGCAAGGUGCACUCUCAAGUGCAUGUUCCCUUGUUCGGGCAUACCAGACCGUGAGGAGCCAGGAACUGUACUGGAAAUGGAUGGCCUCUGGCUUUUACAGUUCAGCAAAUACUGUUUGUACAGCUUGUUUGUUCCUGAGUUGUCUUUCUGUUGUUGUUAGAGGAUAGUUAAGGGACCACACAGGGGGUCGAUAUCCCAGGAAUAUCAUUUUGCAAUCAAACUGGAGCUCAUCAUGUAGAGGAAAUGAGAAUAACCCUGUAGGUGAUGAGCCUCUUAACUGGCACCCUGUUUUUCUCCUGGCAAAGCAGAGCUGGCGUUGAAGGGAUUGCUAGCAGUUUAUUUUACGGUGUGGAAACCAGAAGCAUGAUAAAAAAGAAGCAUUGCAGAGAUAAAUUUGAGGCAUUUGGAAUAGUGACUGAGUAAGGGAUCUCCCUGGAUCCAACAGACUGACACUGGCUCACUGUAUGGGACACAACUAAAUCUGUCUGGUUACAACUGUGAUGUUCAUGCUCAUCUAUCUAAUGAGGAUGCUGUGAGCUUUUAUGUUUGUAAAGUGCCUUGAAAAGUGCUUGAUGUGUGCAAUGUGAUUUAUAUCCCAGGCAAAUAUGAAAUGCUUCAAAAGCA